AUGUACUAUCUGCUUCCAAAUAGAAGUAGAAAACCAAAGGAAACAAGAAAAAGUCAAAUUCACGAAAUUAAAAAAGAAGAAUUUCUACCAAGUAAAAAACUUAAAGUAACUACUAAAAUUGAAGAAUUUAACUUUGAAAAAAUCGAAAGAACAGAAAUAGAACAAAUGAAAACUGAAAUUAAUAACCUGAAAAAACUAACCCUUGAACAAAGUGAAAAUAUCAAAUACCUCGCUAAAGCAAUAAAAAUUCAUCAAGAAAUAAAUAAUACACUUCACCUUGACAAUAUCGAAUUAAAAAGAAAACUAGAAAAACAUCGAGAACACAAUUAUCUAACAAAACUUAGACAAAUAACAACUUGGAGAAACCAAGCUAUAACUGAAUACAUAAUAUUAGGACAACAAUAUCUCGAAGAAAAAUUUGAUAAAAUACAUAAAGAAUACCUUGCUAACCUUAGAAAUAAUAACUCACUCUAA